GCUCAUAUAGGAAACAUAUUAAAAUCUAAGUUUAUUGGCUACAAGGAUUUCGAUACAUUAAUGUAUACUUGUGCUGCAGAGUUUGACUUCAUGGAAAAAGAGACUCCAAUAAGAUACACAAAGACUCUGCUAUUGCCAGUUGUUCUGGUGGUUUUGGGGGUAAUCAUCAAAAGGGCAAUUAAAUAUCUUACGUGGUCCUUAUCUCAGGCGGGCCAAUGUGAAAGAGAGGAACGUUUUAACCAGGGUGAGCUGGUGUACCAUGCACUGCAGCUGUUGGCAUACAGUGUCCUAGCGAUUUUAAUCAUGAGACUAAAACUGUUUUUGACACCACAUCUGUGUGUUAUGGCUUCCUUGGUGUGUUCAAAACAGUUGUUUGGAUGGCUCUUCUGUAAAAUCCAGCCCAAAACGUUGGUCUUUGCUAUUUUAGCAUUGAUGGCAAUAGAGGGAUCAGCAAACCUUCAAACUCAGUGGAACAUCAUGGGAGAAUUUAGCAAUUUGCCACAGGAAGAACUUUUAGAGUGGAUAAAAGUUAAUACCAGACAAGAUGCAGUUUUUGCUGGAGCAAUGCCCACCAUGGCAAGUGUUAAAUUGUCUACACUUCGUCCUAUUGUAAAUCAUCCGCACUAUGAAGAUGCAGGAUUAAGGGCCAGAACUAAAGUAGUGUAUUCCAUGUACAGUCGAAAACCUGCGAAAGAUGUAAAAAGAGAAUUGAUAAAACUAGGAGCAAAUUACUACAUUCUGGAAGAGUCAUUGUGUGUAAGCAGAAAAAAGCCUGGCUGCAGUAUGCCUGAAAUUUGGGAUGUCGAAGAUCCUGCCAAUAGCGGCAGAGUUCCUUUAUGUACCCUUAUGAGCAAGGAUUCCAGGCCAUAUUUCUUCACAGUAUUUGAAAACAGCAACUACAGAGUCUUAAAGAUUUCAAAGGAAUAACAUUUCAGUGCGAAGAACCACCAGUCUUUCAGCUUUUUAAAGUAGUAACUAUAAGAAUUCUAAAUCAGAAAGACCUUUUCUACUAGACUUAAAAUGGAAAAACGUGUAUUUUCUUUUUUACCAUUUUAAGUGAAUUCUGAUUAUAGAAAUAUCUUAAACCUAACAGUUUGGAUUUCUAUUUCAGGGUCAGUCCCUUGAAAUUUGCUAUGCAAAUGAUUAUAUGUUUGCACAUUUUAUUUAACACUGAUCCAAAAAGAGUUAAAAGUAGCUAUGGAAAGUAACUCCAUUCUCAAAACCAAUGCUAUUGUGAAGUGGGACUGUCAGAAUGUCUUGGCAAAGCAGGUUUGUUUAAAGCUUUGGUGCUAGCAGCUAGGAACAAGGGAAUGGUGCUAUAGCAUCUGGCAUCACAUUUCUCAUGUCACUUGCAUUACCCGUCUCCUUUCUGGACAAGGUGAUACUAGAAAUUCUCUUUAAAAGUCACGUAGUUUCACCAGGCAUGUCUGAGAGAAAUACAUGUUUUCUUUGAGAGGAUUAAGAACAUUGGUCAUUUUGGAUCACUUAACAAAUGCUUUUAAGCUUGCUUUUGAAAUGGAGAAAAGUUUGUAGGCAGACUUGAAACUUCAUUAUUUAGGUGCAUGUUCUUGGAAUCUUACUGAUAUUAAAAAAGGUGACUAAUAAGGGUAAUAUUUGCAGUGAGCAAUA